AUGCCUUCAUCAAUUUUUUCACAGGCAGAAACUCUCAAAGAGAGCCAUUUCUGAACUUCUAUUAAAAGCUCAGACUGUGAAGAAUUUGGUGAAAUUGUAUAUUAUGGACCACUUAGCCGGAUAAGUCCUUCAGGCAGCUUAUAUGAAAGCAAUUAUUAUUUAACCAGUAAAAAGAUUAUUUAUUUCCAGCUUUCAGAUGACAUCAUCAAAUUGUCUAAUUUAAGCUGGAAAGUCAUUGAGCCUUAUAUAGAAGAAGGAAAUCCCAGGAAAUAUGGUUUCAGGGUUUCCAAUGGAAUUUCUUGUAAAUAUUUUUACACUAAAUCGUCAGAAGAUCUUGAUAAGUGGCUUGAUCAUUUAUCGUAUGCAGGAAUUAUGACUGAUAUAGAAAAUGAUUAUCAAUUUCUUAAGCAAAUUGGUAAUGGGAGCUUUGCAGCUGUUUAUUUAGCUAAAGAUUUAGAUACCAAAAAAUUUUAUGCAAUAAAAUCCAUAAGCAAAAACAUUGUCCAAAACAGCAAAAAUAACUUUGAGCAGACUAUUCGUGAAAUAGAAAUCAUGAGGCAGCUUGAUCAUCCGAACAUUGCAAAGCUUCAUAAAAUAUACGAAAGCCAUAGUCACAUCCAUUUAAUUAUGGAUUACAUUCCUGGCAGCACUCUUUUACAGAGAAUCAUUUCAAAAGGCCCACUAUCAGAAGAAAAAGCAAUAAAAUUUAUAGAGAAACUACUAAGAGUUUUGAGGUAUUUAGGAUCAAAAAAUAUUGUACAUAGAGAUAUUAAGCCAGAAAACAUUUUAAUGGCAGAUGACAACGAUGAUACUAAUUUUAAAUUAAUCGACUUUGGGCUGGCUUGCGUCGUAAGCGGAAAACUUACAGCAAGCUGUGGCUCACCUGGCUAUGUAGCUCCUGAAAUUUUAAGGAAAAUCCCUUAUGACUCAAAAGUUGACGUUUUUAGCGCUGGGAUUAUUCUUUUUAUUUUAUUGUCUGGAAGAUCUCCAUUUUCUACGGGGUCUCCGAAAGAAACCCUCACAAAAAAUAGAGACUGUUUUAUAAGCUUUUCAGAUAAGUAUUGGGGUAAUAUAUCAAGACAAGCAAUAAAUGUAGUUAUAAAACUAACCCAAGCCAGUCCUUUAUUAAGGCCUUCUGCUAAAGAAGCCUUAUCUUAUGACUUUUUUAAAGGAAUCAAUAAGGACUCUGCAACUACGAGAAGCAGUUUGAUAUCACCACCUAACUCUGCUGGCCUUGUAAAUAUUUGGCCUAAGAGUUAUUCACCUGUAGAAAAAGUUGAUUUAAGAAAAAAUAGGAUAUCAACUGAUAAAAAUAAGCUUCCAGUUUUAGGUGAAAAACAUAGGUUGAGCUUGAGGCAUGCAAGCACACCUAUGCUGAAUAAUGUGAAAAGAGUGAAAAUGAUAUUAAGAAGUGAUGCAGAAACUCCAAAAUUAAGAUAA